AUGGAAAGAAAAUUUUAUUUUCCGUCCCUUACCGAAAGGGGAAAACCUUUUUUAGUAGUACACAAAGGUCCAGUUUUUUCAUUAAACUAUCAUUUGGUUGAUUAUUGUUAUAACGUGACGUACACGUCACGCAACGGUUCAUUAGUUUUAAAUCCAAUAAAAAAUUUAUUGUGUCACUUUCGAGUACAUUUACCGUACGGUAAUAGAGUUUUAUUAAGAUUACAAAUGGGCGAUGAUAAAUUAAUGACGACGACGGUGGCGACGACGACGACGACGUCAACGACGAUAAAAAAUGAUAGUGCUCAAAGUCGAGAAGACGAAACAUUAGAUAAAAUUAAAUUAAGCUCAUUCGAUGUGAUGAUGAUGACGGAUUCGCUCAAUAAAUCGGAUAAUCGUGGUGGUGGUGGCGGUGGUGACACUUUAAAAUUAAAUCACGACGACGAUGACGAUGAUGAUGAUGGUGAUCGCGAUUGCGACGGAUUACACGUCGUCGUUUGGGAUGGAAGUUUAACGUGGAAUCAUUGUUCGAAAAACGGUGAUCCGAAACGUGACAUACAAGUAUGGUCGCAAAAAAAUAUAGUCACGAUAAAAAUAUCCGCUCGUACUCCUAUAAUUAAUUCGGAAUCGUCCGGAUAUCCGGUUGUUAAAUUUUGGUAUCACGCAGAACCCGUUCUCGACAUUGUCGGAUCUUGUAAAUUCGGUGAAGUUUUAGUGAAACAAUUUUGCGUUAGCGUCGUACACGUUCGUCACACGUGGGACGAGUCGGAAAAAUAUUGCGAAAAACGCGGAGGUCAUUUGGCAAGCGUAAGAGAUGAAAAUUCUCAAAAUAUAAUCGAUAAUUUUCUUAUUAACAAGUAA